AUCUGCCAUCUUGCAUGACAUGUCAGAAGAGGCAUUUGAGUACUGCACCCCUGUCAUGGUGCUGAACCCUGCUAGGAAGGAGUCUGGUAAGAAACCAGUAAAACAGAGACCUAGGAGGAGGAGAAGGGGCUCUGAGAGAUAUGAGCACACAGAAGAACAAACAAAAGGGAGAAGAAGUGAUUUUCACCUCCAAAUCUCAAGCCCCAGAUGGAGGGAGCUUUAUGCAGAUUCUUCAGAUUCAUCUUCUGCAGAUGAGGGUCAUUGGACUCAGGCAAAAAGAAGAGCCCAGGUUAAAUUCAGACUGUCGAGAAGGAGGAGGAGAAAUAAUAACAGACCAUGUGAAAACUUAGAUGGGUCUUCUACUCCUAAUGGAAUUGACCUGGUGGAUUUGGGAUCCAAAGGUAAAAAGCAGCAAGAGCCAACUGACUGUGAGAGUUGCUCUUUAAAUCUCUGCAGAGGAAAAGGCACCAGGUACCAAGAAUGCAGCCAUUCCCUGCCUGGAGGGUCCUAUGACAUUAAGAGAUCCUCCAGAAACCAUGAGAGCAGCAAAGGAAGAUACCACCACACAGAUUCUCAGCUCUUGCAAAGUCUUAGGCAGAAUGAAAUCACAAAAAAGAGAUUUUCAGAAACAGAUUCCAGCACUGAAAUACUGCCAAUUCAAGAAGACAGCAAGUCUGUGGAAGAUGCAGGGCUCCGGGUGAACAGCCCCGUUCAGAAGCCUCCUGCCACUUGGGAUGACGGGUCUGAUAAUUUAGAAAUAUGCAGGUCAGUCCCACUAUAAAGAAAGGCUUGAUGUUUCUUCUCUCUGUGAAUUAGGCAUGUGUUCAAUAUCCACCCUCAACAGUUACCAUUUGUUUACACUGCUGUUUUUCUUAUGGGCUAUAUGGUGAUCAAAGGAGAAGAGGUGAGUGUGAGAAGAAUAAUACAGAAGUCUCCAUGGCUUUGUGAUCUUUUGUAGAAUAGAAUUAGAUUUCUCCUUCCCUUCCUUUUAAUUGAAAAAUGGUUUAUCCUCGUAAAGGGAGUGACUAGCCAGUUGAAUCUUGUACCUGUUCUAGUGAAGACUAUACUAGUGGAAACAUCAGAGUGAGGGAAUGUGAAACCUCUGGUGGAAAUUGGGUGUGUGGCUAGCACUCUGACAGAAAAUUCAAGACUCAGGUUCUUUAAGGUCAGACUUUUUUAUAUCAGAAAAAACUCUGCAGUUGGCGUUAAUAUGUUCUCCAGUUGUCUGACUCAGCAGGGUAAUUCAAGACCAAAAGGACAUCGAAACAGGUCAUGGACAUAUCAGUGGGGUUGCUGGCACUUUCAAGAAAGGGGACCACUUUAAAUUUACUAAUAAUCUUAUACAUAAUACUAAAAGCUUUCAACACAUGGACACUUCAUGGCUAUGAGAAUGCUUUCUUGCACUUUUUACCCAAAUGCAUACAUUUUCAAAACAAGUUUUAA